GCAACUCCCACUGGGGAAGACAUAAAGUACACUAGCAAUCUACUAUCCACACAUCUACAAUACAGCAACGUGCUGAUGACAGUUGACGUUUGGUGAAGAUUCACAGCUGAUCAUGAGCCUCUACUCUAGCAAGUUUUUGUCAUCCUGCACCUCUAUCAAUGGGGGAAUAGGGGAGCCCCAUGGCUCCUCCAGUUACAGCAUGGGUACUGGAAAUUCACUGUCUAGAUCCAGAUCUCUUUCAUCUUCCUUGGGAAGAAUUGACUUCACCAAGGAUUAUCUCAAUGACAGCCUGCUGUCUGGUAAUGAGAAGCACACCAUGCAGAAUUUAAAUGACCGACUCGCCUCGUACUUAGAGAAAGUGCGAUCGUUGGAGGAGGCCAACGCAGAGCUGGAGAAAAAGAUCAUCGACUGGCAAAAAAAUAAGAGUCAGAAUAAGAAGAAAGACUACAGCAGCUAUGAGAAGGCCAUCGCGGACCUACAAACACAGCUUCUCAAUGGGCAUGUAAAUGGUGCUAAGCUAACACUACAGAUGGAAAAUGCAAAGCUGGCCUUAGAUGACUUCAAACGCAGAUACGACACAGAGAAAGCGUUUCGUGCUGUCCUAGAGACGGACGUGGAGGGCCUGCGCAGGGUGAUGGAUAACCUCACUAUUGUCAGGACAGACCUAGAGAUGGAUGUGGAAGGAAUGAGGAAACAGCUGAUCUACAUGAGGAAGAGCCAUGAGGAGGACAUGAGACUGGCUCAAGCUCAGAAGCAAGGUUCAACUGUCAAUGUGGAAGUUGAUGCCCCCAAAGGAGCGGACUUAGCUAAAUGUAUUGCUGAAGUGAGAAAGGACUAUGAAGCCAUUAUAGCCAACAACAGAAAAGAAGCAGAAGAAUGGUACACACACCAGUCUACAACAGUACAGAAGGAGGUGAACACGCACACAGAGGCUCUGCAAAGCAGCAAAAACCAGACCAGAGAGUUGAAACGCACUCUUCAAAAUCUGGAGAUUGAAAUGCAAGCCGAGCUUAGCAAGAAACAAGGACUGGAGAACACAUUGGAUGAGACCCAGUGUCACGCUGGUGCACAGCUUCAGAAGAUCCAGGAGCUCAUCUGCCAAAUGGAGAACGAGUUAAGCAAAGUUAGGAAUGAUUUAGAAAGACAGAGCAAUGAGUAUAAGAUCCUUCUGGACAUCAAGAGCCGUCUAGAGAAUGAAAUCGGCACCUACAGAAGAUUGAUAGAUGGAAACAACAGCAGGUAUAAUUAUGUGUAUACAAAUCGCAAGGUCAAGACUAUAGUCCAAGACAUGGUCAAUGGAAGAGUGGUUAACUCCAGAAUUUCUGAGAUUCCCCAAAAAAUUUGAAGACAUGAAAACUUGAAGUCUCAGACAUAACAGGCUUUACAAUCGCAAGCAGGCGAUUAUACCCAGUUUACAUGUGCCAAUAUUUAUCACAAAUGUACGGUGGGACAUAACAAGAGUGUAGAAAUUCUCUACUGUAUUUUACUGCCAGCAUAAAAACAA